UGAUGUAAUUUUCAUCAGUUGGAUACCGACUGUUAGGGUGUUUAACACGCAACUUUUAAAAUGCAAUUUUUGUUUACUGUUCUAGCGAUUCUCGUUUGUUUCGCAACCGUGUUACGGCAUGGUGAUGCAAAACCCCUAUCGAAAGCAGAAAAACAGAGGGAGCUAAGCGUGCUGGAUGAUUUAAUAACGUAUUUGUCCAGGAGAGAUGAUGAUGACUUACCAUUAUUUCAACCACAAGAACAGUCAUCAAAUAAUGAUGAGCUUCCACCAACUGAAAAUGCUGACGUGUCAAAAACUGAAAAUGCUGAUCUGUCAAAAACUGAAAAUGCUGAUCUGCCAAAAACUGAAGAUACUGACCGUCCAAAAACUGGAAAUGCUGACUUGCCAAAAACUGAAAUUGCUGACUUGCCGAAAAGUGACAUUGCUGACUUGCCAAAAAAUGAACAGAGUGGAGAAAAUAAACAGGGAGACGAGAUAAGUGACAAUCCUCCUCCGGCUGGUGGUAAGGAUUCCGAAACUGCAGGAACUGUCGGCUUCGGAGAUGAACAAAAUAGCGUAAAUGAGAUCGAAUCUGGUAGUAAUAAUGAAGACAAUAAAAUCCCAUACGACAUUGAAGAAAACUUAAGACAUGAGUUUGAUGGAGUCAGGGAGAAUGUCGAAGAUCUAUUGGAAAUCAUAAAAGAGGGAUUGAGAAAUGGUAAACUAAACGAAGCAGGUGAUAUUGUAGACUUUCUCAUAAAAUUUCUGGACACUUUAGAAGAUUAUGAUCAAAUUGUACAAACAAAUGUACAAAAAACCGAUAAGGCAUUAGAUGAAAUAGAAUCUGAAAUGCAAAAUGCAGCUGAACAUCUUCAGCCAAAUAAUGAUAAGACUCCCGAAAUUUCCAGCGAAAUAGAGGUACUUGAAGAAAGCCAAACAGACACCAGUUUCGGUGAAGAAGAAACUGAAUCAGUAGUGGGAACAGAAGGAGUAGAAGAACAAGCAGCCGAUGAUGAUGUUGAAGAUGAUAACCAAAUAAACCAAAUUGCGGAUGCUAAUGGUGAAGGAAAGCCAGUGGUUGGAGAUGACCAAAAACUUUCUGGUGAUGAUGAAGAAAACACAGGAAGCGGACCGGCUGAAAGGCCAGCCAGUGGUGCUGGUGAGCAAAAGAGUCCACCAAUGAGUGAUGGCGAAGGCGGAGUAAACCAGUCUGGUGGCACCGGUGCCGGGGACGAUGAAGGAGAAGCCAGCACUGCAUUCAAGAGAAAGAAUGUUCUUCAGAACAAAGAACUUCUACGACUUAUCAGAAAACUAAAAGAAUUAAAGGCAUAGGACAAUCAUAAGAGAGCUCAAAUUUUGAUGAAUUAUAAUAUAUGUACAUGGUCCGGUUUUCAGAGUUUUUACUGUAUACUAAGAUAUAAUUUGGUUUGACAUUCGUACUAUCGGAAUCGAUCUUCAAUGUUUCUAAUCAAUGGAUUACGUUGUAAUGGAUGUUUGUCAAUCUUUCAAAUGAAGUAAAAAUAUAUGACUUCUUUUAAAUUUAAAACGACUAGAUCUCGAUGAUUGGAAUCUCGUUGCAACUUAAAAUAAAGAUAAACACGUUGUAUUGAUGUUUUUACUGAUUACUAAUUUAUUUUUGUAUUAUGUUAGAUGCUUAUAUAUUUCUUUUAAACUAAAUCAAUGCUAAAGUAUACGUAAAUAAUAUAAACAUUGCGUAAAGAAUUUGAACAUUCUUUAUAUCUUUAUAUCUUAUAUAGCAAUGCUAGUUUUUGAAGAUUAAAAACAAACAAAUUAAAUGCUGCAAUGCAAUAUUCACAUUCUUUUUCUUUUAUCUCAAUCACAUUCAUCUGCUUAAAAGAUCAAAUAAAAAUUUAUUUAUA